AUGGCUUCGAACAAGCGAUUGAAUUCCAAUCAAACAAAACAAUGGCAUAUGUAUGCCAAAAAUUUCGAAGAUGAAUCGGACGAUAAAGAUGAUGAUGUAGACGACGAAGACUCCGAUGAUCCAGAAAUACUUGAUGCUGUGAAAAAUAGUUCUGAUGAAUCAGAAGAUGAAAAAGGUUCAGGUGAUGAAUCCGAUUCAAGUUAUCUUGAAACGGACAGCAUCAGCGAUGAUGAACCACCAAAACGUCGAGUGAAGCGUGGAAAAACAAUAGAAGAAGAAAAGUCAACAGCUAAAAUAUUUACUGCACGAUCCGGACGACAAUGGUC